AUGGAACAAGGACAUUCUUCGACAUCCUCUUUUUAUUAUCCACAGACUCCCUUUUGUGGUUCAUUCAGCCAAAGCGGACAUUCGUCCACAGACGAUUAUUCUCUAGUGGUACCAUCGGAAGACCGGGAGACAACUAACGGACCUAAUUUCGACAACAAAAAUAACUGUACAAACGGCUACGAACAAGAAGAUGAAGUGGAUCUUAGCCAAUGGUGUACUGUUUUCGACCCCCCAAAGACACAGGAAAAUUCAAAUGAUAUCCAGAACAUUGGAAAAGAAUCAUUUGCUCUCCAGGCGCUGACCUCCGAAAUCACGACAGAGAGUAACUCAGUUGCUCCCGAUUUCUAUCCUGGUCAUUCACGGAAUCACUACCGGCUCGACGACUCGCUGCAUGACAGCCACCUUUGGAGCACAGGCGAAAGUCGAUUCUCGAUCCCCUUGGAAGCACCACUAGAUCAUCCGAUAAUAAAUGAAGAUUACGCAAGUCCACUCAGCGAGCCUUCGAGAUAUUCCCUUCCACCGUUGUCUCGUGGAAUCACGCGCUCACCUUCCUUACUCGCAACCCCUUCACUCACAACUCCGAUUGAGCUCUCCGAACCUUUCCACGGAACGGUCGUUGAUCGCAAGUCUCUCACUCCCGUUUCGCAGGCGAUUGGACAAGAUUGCUUUCGUUCAGAACUGCAGCUCAAUCCCGAGGCAGUGCGUCCCGCCCACACUCCGAGUUCCAAUCUGGUCUCAGGUAGCCCGACUGAAAAGACUCAGCCGCUUGUUCCAUCACAUUCAGAUAUCAGUGGUUCACACUCUACUGCACCAUUGCAGGCUGAAUUCACCUUCCGGGUCUCGUCCGGGCCUGCUGGCGAAGUACCGCACCCUGGGGACACGCAAAGUGAACACGUUCCUGAAGCCGAUGCCAGCGUGAUUGAGCCGGUCCGCUUGAGCAAUGACCAAGAGGCGCCUGUUUCUACGAUGAAAAGGCCAGCUAAGAAUGACACUAAAAAGAAAUCGUCUCGGCAGAACAAAAGCGUUGUCAAAGCGCUUAUCACGGCCGAUGGCCUCUCGGCGAGCUCACUACCCAGGGAUCGUGUACGGAAGGCCAUGGGCCUCCGGAAAGCGUUUACUGAAUACGCGUGUGUUUUCCCCGAUUGUGGGAAGAAAGUAGGCGAAGCGGUCGUCGCAAAGCACGUCGAAGGACACCUCAAAAAGCUUGACCUGGCAUCCGGGGCGACCUGUCCUGUCGUCGGAUGUAAACGCACCCAGAAAGAUCUGCCAGCACGGAAACGGCACGUUCUGCAGGCCCAUCUUCAUGCAGGCGAGCAAUACUGUGAAGCUUGUUCGGGCAGUUUCAGCAGGGUCUCUUGGGAUCAAGUGAUCCGGCACCUCGAGACCAAGCCGAUAAAGCACGCAGCAGUCUGGAAGGAGCUCGGUCUGCAGUGGAAAGUUGUUGGUGAUAUCGGUGCUGAUAAGGAGAACCAUACAAAAGAGGAUACCGUGAAGGUCGAGGCCUCGUCCGACAAUGGCGGCGUCGAAUACGAAUUUAUCGAAGGUUCGAGCACGGGAAAGAAGCGACGACGUCUAUAA